CACCCUUUUUGUAUCUUGCUUAAUAUUGUCCUUAUCUGGAAAUUGCUUCUAAUUCCACUUUGAAAGGAAUGUGCCUCGGCAAUUUAGGGGUUUGCGUGGACCCAGCUAGCUUGGGGUGUCGCGAGCUACGCGACGAGUGGUCUUCUUGUCUUCGAUUAUUGAGCGAACCUCCUACCGCUUCAACUACAGAAACGGUCCUUUGGCAGCGCGUGGUCACUCAAAUGCUUUGGCGUACUCCCCUUUCAAGAUUGCUAUCUUGAAGAAAAAGACCCUUUGGCUGGGUGCCCUGGACCUGCUUAUUAUCCUUAUUUACUCUCCCUGAGUGUGCAAGUCUUCUGUGGAAAAGCCAAGCACGCAAACGACGCCAAGGGUCCCCAAUUCCAUCAACAUAAACUCAGAGCAAUCGUCAUAGCUGAACGACAGAUGUUUGGCAGACGCAUUUGGGGUCUCCCUCCCCUCCUUCCUUCUCCCUCUUGCUCUCUCUCCUGCCAUGACUCCUUCCAUCCACGUCAACCCCUCCGGGUGAGACGAAGAUCAAGUGAGCGUUCCCACGAUUCUUCUCCAACUUGUUCCCUCUCGAUCUCGAAAAUCCAAUCCUCCCUCUCCUAGUCCCGAGCGUCCCAAAGCCUCUGGUAACACUCUGGUUUCUCCGGGCCGGCUUCCAGCGUCUCUCAAUGAUAAAACAUUUCUGACUCAAGCCAGCCAUCCUGACUCGUGAGUGAGAGGAGCACUGGAGGGCGUCGGGGUGAGUGUGUGAGAGUGAGAAGGGGUGCUCCAAGGGUCGUGAUCUGAUCCCACUGUGCUCUGGUGAACCUUUCACACGCACGCAUUUACUUAGUGUAUGGACAAAUUUCGUCCAUCCCAUCAUUCGACGUUAAGUCUUUGUCCAGACAGCACAUAUCAUUCCCGAGUCUUGCUCUCAGCUCGCCACAGCCACAACAAACUCAAAAUGGCCAUCAACAAGAAGAUUAACAAGUCCUUCACUAAGAAAGUGACCCAAUCUCUCAAGCUUAGGAUCCUCUCCAAGCUUCCAUGGAUGUCUAAGAGGGAGCAACAAGUCUACGAAGAGCUGCCAUCUUCUCAUCCCCAUCAAGUCGAGAUGGACGAAAACCUCUUGAACGAAGCAUUGGAGGCUCGUUUAAUGGAGUUGAUCGCCAGCUCGCCAGCUCAGAAGUCCCAUAUCAAAGUCCAAUUGGAGGUCAGAGUCCCAGCCACCGACCUAUUUGACUUCGGAGGAUCUUUCGUGUGCUCCCAAGUCCAAACCCGUUGCCAAGAAGCCCAAGCCCAAGUGUCUUUGACCACCACCACAGCCAGUCAAGCUUAGUUAGGCCUGGCUGACGUUGUCGGUAUUUCGGACCCACCCGAAAUUCAAUCUGUGAUCUGCCAUAUAUUUACCCAAGAGGCUUAUAUUGGCUCAACUUGUGAUAUAACUUGGACUCUUCUUGGAUCUUCUCCUAAUCCAAUGUCUUCCAACUUGUUGCUAUUAGCAAUGAAAUAUAAAACGAACAUGCAUAAAUAAAACAACUCUAUGAAUUGAAA